AUUUUGACCUAGAUCGAAAUAUACGCACUACCACCAUCAGCGUAGCUCCAUCCACAGGCAGUUCUAAACCUCCUCUUGUCGGCCACCUCAAUGCUUCAUCCCCUCCGUCCACGCACCUCCUCACGUUGGUAUGGGAGUUUGGACCUAAUCGCAUCGCAUCGUCGUUUGGACGUAAUUGAAUCACAUCGCAUAUCCGUUUCGACCUAAUUGUGUCACAUCGCAUCGCCUGUUUGGACCUAAUCAGAUAUGUACGGAUUCGCUCUGAUACGUAGAGCAUGGUCAUAUCUCCAUUUGUCUCUUCUUCUCAGUUCUUCGCAUCUACCAUUUUGGACAUCCUUUGUCUUCUCACCUUGUGGUUCAACCAUGGAGCUACUGCUGAGGUUCAAACAACACUACAGAAGGGAUUUUCACAUGUUAACAUCAACACAUGGCUCUUAUGUAUCCUCUUCUUGUGGCAAUUGCAUAUUUGCACCACAGCUUGUUGUGAUUACCUCCAAACAGCGACCCAUAAAACUUACAAUUCAUGGGAGUGAUGGGAAUGAUUAUGCUUUUUUCCUCAAAGGACAUGAAGAUUUACGCCAGGAUGAACGUGUCAUGCAGGACAAGUUAUUCCACCUAUUGUCCUACAUAUUGGCAACACACACGGUCAAAAUAGAUAAAGAUAUGGGAGGUCAACAUGAGGCAUCUUCCCUUCGUGAUGAAGCAUGGUCAAUAUUGACUUGGGAAGAUUGCUUAUAGAAGCUGCAAACAGAUGAGACAAUUAUUGCAGAAAAAAAAAGUUUUCUUGAAGCAGAGCAUGUUGUUUGAAUAACCGGAAGCGUUGAAUCUUUUUUUUUUCUUGGUUUUUUUUGUAUAAUUUGCUGGAAAGUUGUUAUAAGGUUUUGUUGAGGACAUGAUGUAAGUCUGCAUGAUUAUUGAGACAAUGCCAAAUAGAAAAUAAUUUUUCCCCAUAUUUUUGUUUUUAUAAAUUGAGAACCAAUUAUAUAUUUUUAAAUUGUU